GAAGUCAGAGCAGAGGACUGGUGGGGGGUCAUCAAGAGGUACGAGUCCAGACUCCUCUGAGCCCUGACCUCGCUGAUACCACCCAGCCAGGCAUGGACGUCCCUCCACUGCCCCCAAGCGGAGAACUCGUGCAAGGCCUCAUCAUAGGUCAGUCUGCUCCUGCCUCUGGAGGUCACAUCCGGCUGGGGACUGGGGGUCAGGGAGAUGGGUCAGCACUCUGCAGCCCCUGUAGCACCACUGAGAUGUACAGCCAAAGCAGUAACCAGCAACCCUCUUCCUCAUCAUCUUCCUCUCGGUUCCUGGUGAGCCAGGCUGGUGGUCGGCCGGUGGUUGCUCAUGCCAGUUAGAAUCCAGCUUGUCCCCCAGUGCACAUCUGGAUGAACCCCGAUUGCCCCCGUGAGGACUCUGUUCAAGAACUGUCAGAGACUGACCACAGAGGUACAAUAGGCAGAGGACAACAGAUGGUUGUGUUAAUCCAAGCACCAACUCUAAACUCAGAUUUACAAACAAACGCGACACAUUCAGAACUGCAGCAUGCACCUUCACAAAUCCGAAUUCAGAGCGCUGUGUCACUCCAACGCCAGAGUUCAAACUUUCACAGUGCUCCUCAGACCCAAACACUUUAAGGGACCUGUCAGGACACCAGACCCUCGGCCACCACUAGACAAUGAAGACCCUCGCCCUCUUAUGGGCAGAGUGAGGACAGGUGAUGAUGGAGAGAAUGUGAAAGUAAAAAUGGAGGCCAUUGUAAUAUCUGAUGAAGAGCUGGAGGACGAAGAGGACAGCAGAGAGCGAGAGCCAGUGAUGGACGUGGACGAUGAGUUUGAAGAUGACAUUCAGGAAGAGGAGCUUAACAGCCCUCAGUUUCUUUCUUCCCACUCACAGGGGCUCUUACAAAUGACCUCCCAUUCAAAUGACUACGUCCACACCUUAGACACGCCUCCCUUUCCUCCUUUCACUCUUCCACUCACCUCGGUCUUUGUAGAGGGUCCGACAUGUGGGGUCUGUGGAAAGACUUUCUCGUGCACGUACACUCAGCGCCACGCCAUCGUGCACACCCGUGAACGCCCAUACGAGUGCCGCUACUGCUACCGAAGCUACACACAAUCAGGCGGUACAGACACUCCACACUCUGCCCGCCAACGCAGCAAAGCAGACAUGGAGCCCUCCCUGCCACCACCACCUCCUCCACCUCUUAGCUAACACACCAGCAGACUCACUGUUCAUUCCUAUACCUAAACCACAAUUCGUGAACUUUAAACUCUGAUUCUACCUUCAAAUUUAAAUUGAGCUGGAUUACAAAACAAGAAACGAUCAUGAAAGACGUAAAGGUACCGGAAAGUCUUCACUUUUAAGAAGCUGUAACAGGUUUUUAACAUCAAAUGACUCAAAACGGUGAAUUAAAAUAGCUGCUGAUUGA